CCCCCCACCAUUCUCCCCCCACCUAGCAGCCCCUAUAGCUCCCUGCCCCCUCCCCGGACCCCGCCUCCUCCUCCGGCGUGCGUCUUCGGCUGCGGCUCUUUAUUGCCUUCUUGGGCGAGUCGGCUGCCGCUCUUCCUUUUUCGUUUCGGUUCACCAGGUUCUUUAGCGUCGGCCGAGAUGGCGGCGGCGGCGGCCAUCUGCGGGCAGGACGAGCCGGCGCCGCGCGAUCCGGAGGGCGCGGCGGCGGCGGCGGGCGGCGGGGUCGAGCGGCUGGAUCUCGGGGACGGCCGGGCGGCGCUCGUGGCGGGGGGCAAGAGGAGCGUCUACCUCAUGGAGUGCGAGCCGGUGUGGGGCUGCGUUGCCACGCCGGGCCGCGGCGGGGAGAUGGAGGACGCCUGCGCCGCCGUGCCCCGCUUCGCCGACGUGCCCGUGCGCCUGCUCGCCCGCCGCCGCGACCUCGACGGGCUCGGGCUCGACGCCGACGCGCUCCGCCUGCCCUCCCACCUCUUCGCCGUCUUCGACGGCCACGGCGGCGCCGAGGUGUCCAACUACUGCCGGGAGAGGCUCCACGUCGUGCUGAGCAAGGAGCUGAGGAGGCCCCCCAGCGAUCUGGGCGAGAUGAGCGAUGUGGACAUGAAGGAGCACUGGGACGACCUCUUCACCAGGUGCUUCCAGACGGUGGAUGACGAGGUGUCAGGGCUUGCAAGCAGGCUCGUCCACGGACAGCCCCGGUCAGACCCGAUCGCCGCGGAGAACGUGGGCUCCACGGCGGUUGCAGUGGUGGUGUGCUCCUCCCAUGUCGUGGUCGCCAACUGCGGCGAUUCACGCAUCGUGCUCUCGCGCGGGAAGGAGCCUGUCGCCCUCUCAAUUGAUCAGAAGCCUGACAGGAAGGAUGAGCGCGCCAGGAUUGAGGCUGCGGGAGGCAAGGUCAUCCAAUGGAAUGGACACCGAGUGUCCGGCAUACUGGCUAUGUCACGAUCCAUUGGUGACCGAUACUUGAAGCCAUACAUCAUCCCAAAACCAGAAGUUACGAUUGUUCCCCGGGCUAAAGAUGACGACUGCCUCAUUCUGGCCAGCGACGGGCUUUGGGACGUCGUGUCAAACGAAGAGGCGUGCAAGGUCGCGCGCCGGCAAAUCCAGCAGUGGCACAAGAACAACAGCGUCACAACAUCGUCAUCAGAUGGAGGUGAUGGAUCCACCGACCCUGCCGCGCAGGCAGCUGCGGACUAUCUGACGAGGCUUGCGCUGAAGAAAGGAAGCCAAGACAAUAUAACCGUAAUCGUGGUCGACUUGAAACCCCGGAGGAAACCCAAGAAUAAUUCCUAACAUAACUUGAAUUCAUACUAGCAGUUGGUCUUCUAAUGAGACUUGACCCACCUUUUUCGUUGGGUUUCAAGAAUUGUACAUGUAUAUGAUAGAUGGAUUUUCGAUAUAGUGGGUUAUAAUGAUUAAUUAAUCCUAUCCCUGUUUUCUGUUCA